UUCGUCUCCUGAAUCUGAGGCGGAGUGAGCCCUCCUGCUCCCGGUGCUCUGACAGCUGCUCUCUGGGUAACGGAAGACAUUUUGAGCCGCUGCAGUCGGUCCGGUUCGUUAUUGAAGUGUCAGCCUGCAGUCCGGGCUGACGUGCUGGAGUUCGGUGUCCGCUGAGCUGCAGUCGGUACCGAACCGUCCGUUUGUAGUUCGCCCGGCGGAUGUAGCACAGCUAGCUUAGCUCGCAGCCUCCGGAGCUAGCACACAUAGAUGCUAGUUAGUUAGCGGCAGCUAGCUGGCCUCCUCCUCCUCCUCCUCCUCCUCCUCCUCCACCGCCACCUCCACCUCCUUCUCCUCGACAGCCGGUCCCUCCACGCAGACACAAUGGCUUUAAAACGGAUUUCCAAGGAGCUCACUGAUCUGUCCAGAGAUCCUCCGGCUCAGUGCUCAGCUGGACCUGUCGGUGAAGACAUGUUUCAUUGGCAGGCGACCAUCAUGGGACCUCCGGACAGUCCCUAUCAGGGCGGUGUGUUUUUCCUGACGAUCCACUUCCCCACAGAUUAUCCCUUCAAACCACCCAAGGUCGCCUUCACAACAAGAAUUUAUCACCCAAAUAUAAACAGUAACGGCAGCAUCUGUCUGGAUAUAUUGAGGUCACAGUGGUCUCCAGCAUUAACCAUCUCUAAAGUCCUUUUGUCCAUUUGUUCUCUGUUAUGUGACCCGAACCCGGACGACCCGUUAGUGCCAGAGAUCGCCCGCAUCUACAAAACAGACCCUGUUAGGUAUAACAGGCUAGCGAGGGAGUGGACAGAGAAGUAUGCCAUGCUGUGAGGUCAGAGGUACAACAAGACAGCUCAGGACUGGACUCAGAAAUACGCCAUGUGAUCGGCCUCGUCGUCACAGCUGAACAAACUGUUUGAUUUUCUCAUGUGGCCACGCCCCCUCCUGUCAUCAGCCAAUAGCGGCAAUUUGUUCACGUUUCUUUUGGGCGACUUGAAAUGCUUUUAAAUUUUCCCUUUUCUGCUUCCUGAACGAAACAAACCAGAGAAGAAGAAGGCUGGAGGACUCUGAGCUGUGAACGUGCCAAUUGAAACCACCACAGAAGAAGAGUCUGUUACAGAUAAAUAAUCAUUAAUGCAUGUCAGUGAUUGGUUCAUGUGCUGCUGAGAUUUUUAAAGUCAGAAAAAAAGAAGUUUUGGUUUUAUUCUGUUUUUGUUGUUUUUGUUAUUUUUGACUUUUUGUUUUAGACGAGAGCCGUUAGUUCAUCCAUCAUCCAACACUGUUCUCCUCUUUUUGCACUGAAGAUGAAACUCCGAGCUCUCAACGGCUGAUCGAUCAACUAAUCGCUCUGUGAUGUUUUUUUCUCAAUAAAGUUGAACAAAUUGCA